UUGAACUAGAGCCGGCGGUAUUGAUCGAGCACCGGCACUAUCUUAACCGGAGGGGAGGAGCUACUUAAAACUUUAAAGUAGUAGGAGAAACAGCAGAUAUACCAGUAAUGAAACGAAAGUAGGAAAUUUUUUAGAAAGAAUGAAUGUAGCUUACUAAAGUAUCAGUGGAUACUUAACUCGUAAACCUUAGGCUACUUGGACUUGAGACUUUUCAUCAGAACGUUGAAAGCUUUUACCUCGGAGAAAUGCGAACUAUUGCGAUGGCUGCCGCCUAAUUGAUAAUCUGCCUAAGAAAUUCAUGUAAAACACAGAUCGAAAGUGAGACGGUCUGCUGUCUGCCACCCUGCAACCAUGAGCCAGAAUGCGACAGACCUCACCACCGGCUACCUCUCCUCUGCUGUAGCAAUCCUCCUGUACGGCUCCAACUUUGUACCACUUAAAAAAUAUGACACUGGUGACGGAAUGUUCCUUCAAUGGGUGCUCUGUGCUGCCAUUUGGUUGGUUGCCUUGGUGGUCAACUUGAUACUACACUGCCCUAAAUUCUGGCCGUUUGCAAUGCUUGGCGGCUGUAUUUGGGCUACAGGGAACAUUGCUGUCGUUCCAAUUAUCAAAACCAUCGGUUUAGGUCUUGGACUCUUAAUCUGGGGAUCAUUUAACACCUUAACUGGCUGGGCAAGCUCAAGAUUUGGCUGGUUUGGAAUGGAUGCAGAAGAAGUGUCCAAGCCAAUGCUGAAUUACUUUGGAGCUGGGCUGUCAGUAGUAAGUGCACUCACGUUUUUGUUCAUCAAAAGUGAAAUUCCGAAUAACCCAGGCAGUUCGGACACCACACCACUAAUGACAGAACCUGUGGUCAACAGAACCGAAGACCCGAGUGUGGAUUCCUCCUGGGUGGAUAGACUUUCUACCACGCACCACCGCAUUGUGGGCUGCAGCCUUGCAGUAAUAUCUGGACUACUCUAUGGAUCUACAUUUGUGCCAAUCAUUUACAUCAAGGAUCACAGCAAAAGAAAUGACAGCAUGUAUGCAGGCGCUAGCCAGUAUGAUUUAGACUACGUUUUCGCACACUCCAGCGGCAUCUUUCUUACAAGUACAGUCUACUUUGUGGCCUACUGUAUAGCCAUGAAAAAUAGGCCAAAGUUGUAUCCAGAGGCAGUUCUACCAGGCUUCCUGUCAGGGGUGCUGUGGGCCAUCGCCACCUGCUGCUGGUUCAUAGCCAACCACUCACUAAGCGCUGUGAUCAGCUUCCCGAUCAUCACUGCUGGUCCUGGACUUAUUGCUGCACUUUGGGGGAUUUUCGUUUUCAAGGAAAUACAGGGUCUCCGAAACUACUUACUGCUGAUGCUUGCUUUCUGCAUCAUCUUGACUGGGGCCUUGUGCACCGCUUUUUCUAAAAUUUAGCUACUCACUGCAAGACCAGCACAUGGCAGCAGCGGCUAGGAGAAGGCCUGUGCCACACAAGCCAACACUGUGGACAGCUAAGCUGCAGAGCAGCGGAGCGCUACCACUCUGGGAAUGAAUGGAUAAAUGACUGUUUACCCCACAGACGUGAGAACGAAGAGAGAGACCAUGUUUCCGUUCAGCAUGUAUGAAAACUCCUUCCGAUGAGCUGUUAAGGCAGGACCUCGCUGGCUGGCUCAAAGGCAUGCUGGAUCAUCCAGUCUGGUGGUGCUGGCUUCAUCAGUGUCUAUUUAAUAAUAUAAUCCAGAAAAUAGGAUGGAGUUUGUACAAAGGAAAUUAUCAUCCAAAUUUAUAAUUUGUAAAGAGGAGCAAAAAUAAAUACUUUCUUGGUUGAGGGAAGGAACACAGGCAUACCUUGUGGAAUAUAAAUUCAAAGAUAUCGGCCUCUUUGCUAAAAAAAAGUAAAUGUCAUCGUUGAUACCUGAAUGUUUAAAAGGCCAGUUCAUUAUUUUUAGCCAAAAAUUAUUAUUUUAAUAUUGCUCGGCUCUUAACAUUGCCUGCCUUUCUUAGCUGAAAAUGGUUUGAUAGUUAUUCCAAAUAAAACCGAUCCUCAGAGA